UAAGUUUGUUGACGAUUCAGCUCUUCAUCAUCACCAUACAACAGUAUCCAACUUAUGAACCAAGUGAUAUAACUCAUAUAGGUGUUGAAUUAUGUGAUGUGACUACACGUCAAAUAGUAAAUAUUUAAAAUAUGUUACACACAGUAAUAAAGUUCAUUGUCGCAAAGUGAUUUUGAAAAGUUUAUGUGAUCUUUUAUUUUUUUUUUAAAUAUUUAUCUUUGUGAUUGUAGUUUAUUUUAUUAUUUACAUGAUACAUAAAUUAUUUAUAAAAAAUGUCUAAAAAUACAUCUAAUACGUCUAAUCAAAGGGAACAGUGCGAAGAAAUAACUGAUCAAAAUGGUGUAUCAGAAAAUAAUACGACAACAGUACCCGAAGAAGAAUCUGGCACUGGCUGUUUUCAAUUAAUAAAUGAAAUAAUCGAACCCACAUCACCAGGUACAGAGGACGAUUUUGAUGAAUUCCUUGCAAUGCCAGAUUCAAUUACUGUUUGUUCUAUUGGUGGAGAACCAGUUUUAGUUGAAGAAACAUUUCGCACUAUUACUGAUGAUAAUCCGGACAAUGUUGACUUUUCAGUAAGACGUGAAAUACCAUUUGUUACAAUAUACAAUCAGCCAUUAAAAUUUAAAUCUUUGCAACGUAAAGUAUUCAUACCUGGUGUUGAUAUAAAUGUAUCAAUUAUUGAUAAUGAAAGAAGUUUCACAACACAUUUACUUAAUCCAAAUUUGUAUACAAUAAAAUUCGAACAUGGCGAUUUUACGUGGACAGUUAAAAAACGAUAUAAACAUAUUCAACAUUUACAUCAACAAUUACGGAUAUUUCGUGCAUCGUUAAAUAUUCCAUUUCCAACAAAAACACAUCGAGAGCGAAGAACUAGCUUUAAAAAUAAUAUAAAACCAAAGAAGGGAAAACGAAAAGGUGCAUUGCCUAGAUUUCCAAGUAAACCAGAAGCUUUAGUGUCAUUUGAGCAAUUGGAUGAACGAAUUAAACAAUUAGAAGAUUAUCUAAAUAAUUUACUUAAAAUUAAUAUUUAUAGAAACCAUAUUGAGACGAUAAAAUUCUUACAAAUAUCACAACUAUCAUUUGUACAUGGUUUAGGAUCAAAAGGAAAAGAAGGGGAAAUUCUAAAAAAAUCAGGUAGUACACAACCUGGACAAGUUGGUUGUAAUUUUUGUGGUAUUUUCGAAAGCGCUGUUUGUAUCAGAUGCAAUUUUUUUUGGAGUGACAUAUGUUGUGGUUUUUGGAAGAAAAGAUGGUUUUUCGUGAAAGAUACAUUUUUUGGUUACAUAAAUCCACAUACCGGUGUAAUUCGAUGUGUUAUACUAUUCGAUCAGGGAUUUGAAGUAUCAUCUGGAAUGUAUUCAACUGGACUCCGUAAUGGUCUGCAAAUACAAACAUUAAGUCGGCAAUUAAUUUUAAAAUGUUGGACACGUAGAAAAAGUAAAGAAUGGGUGCAAUACUUAAGAAAUGUAGCUCAUCAUAAAGCCAGAGAUUUUACUCAAACAAAUAUAAAUUCUUCAUUUGCACCAUUAAGAACAAAUAUCACAGCUUCAUGGUUUGUUGAUGGUUCUUCGUAUAUGUCAUCUGUAGCUGAUGCACUUGAAGCUGCUAAAGAAGAAAUAUUCAUUGCCGAUUGGUGGUUGAGUCCGGAAAUUUAUUUAAAACGUCGAUUCUUUGAUGGUGAUUAUUGGCGAUUAGAUAAAAUUUUAGAAAGAAAAGCGAAAGAAGGCGUCAAGGUUUUUAUACUUUUAUACAAAGAGGUAGAAUUGGCACUUGGUAUAAAUAGUUACUAUAGUAAACAAAAAUUAGUAGAUAAACAUGAUAAUAUCAAAGUAUUACGUCAUCCAGAUCAUGCAAAAAUUGGUGUAUUUUUAUGGGCACAUCAUGAAAAGAUCGUUGUUGUAGAUCAAACCUACGCUUUUUUAGGUGGAAUUGAUUUAUGUUAUGGCCGAUGGGAUGACCAUUUACAUAGGUUGACGGAUUUAGGAAGUGUAUCACAAUAUCUACCGGGUAGAAAAAAGAAAACAUCAAGCACACCAACAGGUGAUCAUGGAUACAUUGCUGCUCUUCUUCCCCUUGCUGCAGCUAGCAAUAAUAUUGGAAUGAGUGUUGUGUUUGAUGAAGAUACAAAAUGUUCUAAGCCCAAUACUCCUCCGUCAUCGUCAAGAUCCUCUAGUACCUCAUCUACAUCAUCAUUACCAGUAUUAGAACCAAGUGAUAAAUUAUUAAUGCCUCAAAAUUCAAAAGCAAAAUGUAAUACCCCUGAAAUGGAACGAAAGAAUCCUUUAAAUAAAUUUAAAACGAAUGUAAAAACGAGAACAAAAGAUUUUAUACAAAAACUAUCUUCAGAAGAUAAAGACAUGAAAAAAGCGGCCGAAGAAAAUCAUAAACAUAAGAAAUUAAAAAAUAAAAAAAGUUUACAAGAAGAAAUACCUGAUUUAGAAGGACGUGCAAAAUUGUGGAUUGGAAAAGAUUAUGUGAAUUUUAUUGUAAAAGAUUUUAGUAAUUUGGAUUUACCAUUUAUUGAUUUAGUUGAUCGACAAACAACGCCUAGAAUGCCAUGGCAUGAUGUUGGCGUAAGUGUUAUGGGUGCUGCUGCCAGAGAUGUUGCACGACAUUUUAUACAGCGUUGGAACGCAACAAAAUUAGAAAAGGCUCGUAUCAAUCCAAUUUAUCCAUAUUUAAUGCCAAAAACCUAUGAAGGUUGUGAAGAAUUUGGUGAUAUAUUUGAUGUUCCAAAUUCUAAAGUUACUUGUCAGGUACUAAGGAGUGUUAGUAAUUGGUCUGCAGGAUUUAUUGAUCAAGAUACAAUUGAACAAAGUAUCCACGAAGCGUACGUGGAUACGAUUAAUCGUGCACAACAUUACAUUUACAUUGAAAAUCAAUUCUUUAUUACUUUGGCCAUGGAAUCAAUUCAUGUACGGAAUCAAAUUGGUGAAGCUCUCUAUAAACGAAUUCGACGUGCUUUCAGAGAAAAAUCCACGUUUCGAGUUUAUGUGGUUAUGCCGCUGUUACCAGGAUUUGAAGGUGAAGUCGGUGCUGCAUCAGGGACUGCAUUGCAUGCUGUUACACAUUGGAACUAUGAAUCAAUAUCGAGAGGUAAAAACUCUUUAUUAAAAAGGUUAUACGAUUUGGGUAUACCGGAUCCAAGUGAAUAUAUAUCCUUUUAUAGUCUACGCACUCAUGCUGAACUACACAAGGAACCUGUAAGUGAAUUAAUUUAUGUCCAUUCUAAAUUAAUGAUUGUUGAUGAUAUGAUAGCUAUUUGUGGAUCGGCUAAUAUAAAUGACCGUUCAAUGCUUGGGAAAAGAGAUUCAGAAAUUGCUGUUAUUAUUAAGGAUGAAACAUUUGCUCCGGGUAAAUUAAAUGAUCAAGUAUUUCCAAUUGGAAAAUUUGUUGGAAGCUUACGAAAAUAUUUAUUUAAAGAACAUUUAGGAUUAUUAGAAGAUAAUCCCGAUGAUAUAAAUUUAUCUGAUCCUGUAAUUGAUUCAUUUUACAAAGAUGUGUGGAUGAAAACAGCACAGAAUAAUACAGAAAUUUUUGAAGAUGUAUUUCAAUGUAUUCCAUCAGAUAGUGUUACUGAUUUUGAGAAAUUAAAAACAUUUCAAGAAAAAGAACCGCUUAGUAUGUCUGAUAUAGCCAAAGCAAAUAAAAUGUUGGAAGGAAUAAGGGGUCAUUUGGUGAAAUUACCAUUGGACUUUCUAUGUAAUGAAACUCUGAAACCUACAGCAGGGACAGUUGAAGGAAUGAUGCCAACAGCAUUAUGGACUUAAUGAAUAGACACAAAAAAUUUGGACAAAGAAUAAUUUAUUCAGCUUUUACACGGUUCUCGAAAUAAAUUGCCAUUGCCAAUUCUAUUGCCAAUAUUUGUAUUGUAUCUGUCCGUUUAUACAAGACAGAUAGCAAAUAAAAUCUUAAUUUUUUUUUUUUGCGUUAUUAAAUGAAUUCUUGCCCGCUAACAUUUCUGUGUUCUUAUUAUACCAUGUAUAUGAAAUAUACCAAGGUAUACUAAGUUAAAUAACUUCAAGAUGGUUUUUAAUUGUAUAUUAAAAGCCAUCCAUUUUAGAGGACUUAUAUCAAGAUUAGGUACAAUAUCUACUCAAAAUUUGCGGAGUUAUUUAAAAAACAAGAAUGUGUGUACUUAUGUACGCUUAAUCUAUCAUCUAUCUAUCCUUGUCUAUUGCGAGUGACAUUUUGUUUAUCGGAUAACUCCAUGGUGUUAAAAAAUUGUAAUUAACUUCAACAUAUAUCUUCGCGUCAUUCUAUGCGGGCGCAUCCUGUGAAAUUCAUUUUUAUAUGAAAUACAUACGAAAUUGUUCCCUCCAUCUUAUACAUUAAUUGCUUUUUAUAAUUUUAUGCAGUAUUAACCAACUGUAUUUUUUAUUUUGUUUAUGUUUUUUUAACAUAUUUAUAUAUUUUGUAAGUAGUAUUACAGUG